AUAUGGUUUGCCAGUGAACUUCCAGGCCAUGUUACUACAGCCAUCAAAGAAGACCUACAAGAAGAUAAAGGACAUGUUAGACAAUUGUUAUCAGCAUCUUGAUAACCAAGGAUUCAGUUCCAGCAUGUAUGACGCCAAUAGUCUUGAGAUCCCAGGACUCAGCCUUGCGCACCAGGAAUAUUAUCCCUACGUGUUUUAUCAGAUUAAAUUAGAUCUUAUUGAACGGUAAAGAUCGCCAGUCAGAAUUGUUUACAAAUGAUCAACCUUAAAAAAUCUUCUAAUUUUUAACCGAAUGAAAGAGAGAUGAAAUUUGAAUGUUUUGGCAAAGGGUCAUCAGGGAAGUAUCUCUCGAUAAUUGCUUUCUAAUUUGCCUUUAAAUAUUAUGAAAAAAAUUGAGAUGUAAAUACAAGAUAAAUGUGAGUAGGAUGGUCGCCCUCUCCCAUCGGGAUUAUCUACUACAUGUACUAAAAUGAUUUCCAAUAUGUACAGCUUUUAGUGGGCUAUAUACCCCAAUUUUCUGUUAAACAUGCAAAUUAU